ACCUAAAAUAAAAUAAUAAAUAAUUAACCAGCUUCAUCCAAUCUUUUCUUGAUAAACCCAUAAACCCAAGUAGUGAUAAGUUAAACUUGAAGCAUCAUGAUAUUGAAAAAUUCCAAUCGAGGAUUGAAAGUUUGAAAAAAAUCAAGAAAGAAUAACGAUCGUUUUUUUAUUGAUUUGAAUUGUCCUCAUUUGCCUUAAACUCUUGCCAUGCAGCUUAACUGUUUGAUAAAAUGCUUCAAACAAUUAUCCUAAAUUAUACUUAGCUUCAUUUUCAGUUAUCAGUGCAUUGUUUUGUUGAGUUGUGCCUUUGCAAGAAUGCUCUUCAGGAGGUUAUAUUCUAGUACCAAACUUCAGUAUCUCAGUCUGAGGUGUUUUUCAUCUGCAACUCCUUCUCUUGUACUUAAACAUGGUGAUGUUUUGAAAAAAUCAAGGGUUUUUACUAAGGAAGAUGUCCUUCAGUACUCCAUGGUGAGUCGUGAUUCUAAUCCUUUGCAUACUGAUUCCACUGCUGCUCAAAAUGUCGGGUUUGAAGGUCCACUCGUACAUGGGAUGCUUGUUGCUUCACUUUUUCCUCAUAUCAUCUCAUCACAUUUUCCUGCAGCUGUGUAUGUGUCUCAAACCUUAAAAUUUAAGUUACCAGUCUAUAUUGGAGAUCAGAUUGUUGGUGAAGUAGAAGCAACUAAUCUAAGAGAAAAUAAAAAUCGAUAUCUUGCAAAGUUUAAGACAAGGUGCUUCAAGAAUGGAGAAAUUCUUGUCAUUGAAGGUGAAGCAUUGGCUUUGUUACCAACCCUUGAUUAUAAAGCAGUGGAAGUAUAAGAAGCAGUAGAAGCUACUCACAUCACAAUUCCAUACUGUUAAUCAAGAAUGCCUUUUCAUGGGCGAUAUUAGAUAUACCGGUAAUCUGUUUGUAAACCUCAAACCAAAAGAAAAAUAGCUGCCACCAAAAAGUUUUAGCUCUUUGUGAUUCUGAUGCAAUGGAUAAUGACUCAUGCUUGAUUAUUUAAUGUCCAUUUGGUCAUGUUUUGCAAUA